AUGAAGUUCGCUUACCAAUUCAAGCAUUUGUGUGGAAGCGUCUAUUCUCAAGGCAAUGUCAUCUUUACACCUGACGGGAAUUCAGUGUUGAGUCCUGUAGGCAAUCGCGUCACUCAAUUUGAUCUCAUCAAUAACACUUCACGGACUUUUGCCUUUGAAGCUCGUAAAAACAUUGAGCGAGUUGCAGUUUCGCACAACUCACGGUUGCUACUUAUUGUGGAUGAGGAUGGUCGUUGUUUAUUGAUCAAUUUAAAGCGCGGUGUUGUACUUUACCGUUUCCACUUUAAGCAGCGUGUUACGGCUUUAAAUUUCAGCCCCGAUGAUCAAUACAUUGCUGCUGCAAUCGGUAACAAGGUACAGCUGUGGCGCACGCCUGGGAUUGUACGUGAAUUUGCUCCAUUUGUGCUGCACCGAACAUACACUGGACAUUAUGCAGAUGUGGUUAGCGUGUCAUGGUCGCACGAUGCAAAGUUCUUUGUAACGAGUGCAGAGGAUCUUUCAGCACGUGUAUUUUCAGUUGAUUCAUACCCAAAUUUCAAGCCUUUGACCCUCUCAGGCCACCGCGAUGUGGUCGUGGGCGCGUUUUUCGCGCAAGAUGACAGAUCGAUUUUUACAGUUGGACGCGAUGGAGGAGCUUUCGAAUGGAAAUACAAAUUGCCGUAUGCCGAAAAGACGGAACAAACGACGGAUGAAAGUGAGGAGGAGCAGAAUGAAAAUGAUGAAGAAAGUGAAACAGUCGAGAACACGAAAAAUAGUCAUUUGAGUUGUGGUGAUGACGAAAGCAAAAGUGAGAAUGAAAUCGCUAGUAAGACACGCAAGCGUAAACUAUCACAGUCGACCUCUGUUCCAGAAAUCGCACGAGCUUACAAAUGGUACACUUGUCAAAAGCACGUGCUCAAAAUGGACUAUGCUAAGGUGCUAUGUUGCACCUUUCACUCGUCCACUGGCAUUCUUGUGGUAGGCUUUAGUAAUGGUACAUUUGGUCUGUACGAACUACCUGCGUUUGUGAAUAUUCACACACUAAGUGUCACGCAAAAUGAGCUUGAGACGGUCGCAGUGAAUGCGAGUGGGGAAUGGCUGGCCUUUGCGUCGCGCAAACUCGGCCAGCUGCUGGUGUGGGAGUGGCGCUCAGAGACAUAUGUACUAAAGCAGCAAGGCCACUACUUUGAUCUAAAUGCUGCAAGCUACUCACCGGACGGACGCCUUCUCGCUACUGGUGCUGACGAUGCUAAGGUCAAACUCUGGGAUACAAACACUGGUUUUUGCUAUGUCACAUUUACAGAACACUCUGCUCCUGUGACGGCUGUGCAAUUUGCUACCUCCGGUCAAGCCGUUCUAAGUGCGUCUUUAGAUGGUACCGUACGUGCAUUUGAUUUGAAUCGAUACAAAAACUUUCGUGUUCUUACCACACCCGAACCCACGCAAUUCCUUUCGCUAGCACUCGAUCAGAGUGGACAAGUUGUGUGUGCUGGCUCGAUGGACCCAUUCAAUGUGUACAUUUGGUCACUGCAGACUGGUCGUCUCACGGACGUACUAAGCGGUCAUUCUGGACCUGUAACGUCACUGGCCUUUUCACCUUCAUCGUCUGCUGAGCCCGUUCUAGCAUCAGCUUCAUGGGACCACACUGUGCGGCUUUGGAAUCCGUUUGCCAGCAAAAAGAGCUUUAUCGAACCCCUAGCUCACCCCACGGAUGUGUUGGCAGUUGCUAUUCGUCCAGAUGGUAAACAACUAGCAUCCACGACACUAAACGGUGCAAUCAAUAUUUGGAAUAUAGAAGAUGGGGAACAAAUUGGUACGAUUGAAGGAAAGCGUGACAUUGCUGGAGGGCGUAAGGAAUCAGAUCUCAUCACAGCGGCUAACAACCAGCUCACAAAGCAUUUCACAAGCGUUUGCUAUUCGGCAGAUGGCUCGCUACUUCUUGCUGGCGGACGCUCCAAAUUCGUUUGUAUCUAUGCAGUAGAGUCGCAGCUUUUGCUAAAAAAGUUUCAGAUUUCACACAACCUGUCUCUCGAUGGUAUCUUGGAAAAGCUUAACAAUAAGAACGUAACUGAGAGUGGUAUCAGUAAGAGUGCGCUUGAUGCACAUCUUAAUGACUCGGAAAUUUCAAGCCACAAAGAAAGUGAUGAUCUUGUGGGUGCAAAGCGGGCGAUUGACCCCGGUAAUCGCCGUAAAAACAUGGAGGUGCUGUCAAAAGCUGUUCUUUUUUCUCCGACAGGGCGUGCUUGGGCUGCUGCAACCACGGAAGGCCUCUUAAUUUACGGUCUCGACGAGAGUCUGGCCUUUGACCCAUUCGAGCUGGAUGAAGACAUCACACCUGAAAAUAUUUCUCAGGCGCUUACACGCUGCGAAUACUCGCGUGCAUUAAUUAUGGCGCUGCAUUUAAAUGAGGAGCCGCUUAUUGCGCGAUGCGUGGAAAGUGUUCCGGUUGCAAAUAUCCUGCUUGUGGCUAAAUCGCUGCAUUGCGAAAUGUAUCUACAACGAUUGCUGCAGCUGCUCGCUAAGCGGCUGGAAUGUAGUCCACACCUUGAGUUUUAUCUUCAGUGGAGUCUUGCAGUGCUGAAUACGCAUGGCCAAUCACUGCGGGAUGACCCGUCGAACAGCGCUACGUGCCUUCCUCCACUACGCUCAUUACAGAAGAGCAUUGCGCGUCAUCUACAAGAUCUUGCUAAGAUAUGCGAUGACAACCAGUUCACACUCAGUUAUCUUAAAAAUCUGAGCAAGAUGCAACAGACGCUGAAGAACCAUUAG